CAAGGGCACCACUGAUCAGAUUUGGGCCAAUCUCGAGGCUUAUCGCGUGUGUUGACUCCAACUCCACAAACGGGCGGUUGCUGCAUGAUCGCCAAUCUGUGGGGAUUGUUGCCCUCCAAGCCACAACAAUCGCCGUCCUCAUCUCGAAAAUGGCUGGCUCGUUGGCAUGCAGUCCAUACAAACAUUGCAGAUAACUGCAUGUCUGCUUUGUUUCGUGCAGCCGUCCCUUUGGUUGCGUUGACCAAAGACGGGAGAGGGAUGGGGACAACCCAAGCCCGUUUCUUUCCGCUUCUCUCGGUGACUUCUAGGACUCUGGUGAGGUGGUUGGGGUCUGCAUCAGAGUCGCUUCAGGUUGUUGGGGCAAUUGUCCUGUCCCGACUCCUCACUGGUCUGACUCCUGGUCCGAGCCACAACAUUGCGGCUGCUGCAUUUUUGGGUUUUGCCCGUCUGGAAAAGGUGAGGGCACCGCCCUUGCCUGAGUCCCGGAUGACCGAUCUCACCGUGGGACAUGGAAGCGGUGCGCUCUCGGCCCCUUUCCCGUUCUCACCACCAGCAUCCAUGGAACAAACGGUCGCGGGGGUGGGGACCGCUUGGGCACUCGCUGCGUUCCAUGAUGCGUCAGCGACUCGGAGCAUGGGCAUGCUCGGGCCAUGGAGCGGUGGAACAAAGGGGAGGAGCUCUGAAUCGCCCCUUGCUGCCAGUAAUUCCACCCCACGACCAACGCUAACAAGAAAAUGAUGGGCUGGAAGGAAUCCAGAAGUCAUGGCCCGCUUGUCGAUCGCGAAACACUCGUGACUGUGUAUGCAUGGACGAAGCAUUGUUGUUGCAAUGGAGAGUGGCUGCAGCAGAGGAAGCAGCUUCGCCACACGUCCAUACAAUGUCC